UGGUAAAUGGGUAGGGUCCCAUGCAUGAAGGUGCUUCUAAUUUGUGGACUAUUCCACGUGACUCAAACACACCUUUAGGUAAAUCUCUAUUGGUUCUUUCAUUUAUUUAGUCCCUUCUUUCAAACCAUGCUUGGGUUGUUAUUUUCUUUUGCUUUGAUCCCUCUCCAUUGGUCUCUCAUACCCUUAAUAUUCAACCAAUGAAGCAACCAAUUGUUUUGUUUUUCUUUGUUCUCCUUCUUUCCUCUUUCUUAGCUUCUUCCCGUCUCCUUGAACCGCUGAAAGGUGAGAAGGAAGUGGAGGUGAAUGAAAACGCUAUUCCUCAGUCAUCUGAUAUGGAAGAACUAAUAGGAUCAGAGGAGUGCUAUAUGAAGGAUGAAGAAUGCACUAGCAGAAGGAUGAUGGUGGAGGCUCACUUGGACUACAUCUACACCCAACACCAUAAGCAUUGAAUUAAUUGAACUUACACCUUGGUUCAAAGGCAGAGUAUUAAGUAUGAGUCCCUAUUUAUAAAACCAACAAAUCCAUGUUCUGUUUUUUCCCGGUUCAAGUUGUGACUGUCAUUAAAUAUGAAAAAAGGAAUUAUCUAUGUUGAUAUCGUCACAUAAGGUUUUCGAGAUAUAUGUGAACUAUGAUCUAGGUUUAUUCACAAAUCACAAUCGUGUAACAUUAUUUAUAUAAUUCCUACGUAAUUGUGAGUAGAUACGCAUCAUGUACAUUUCGCCCAAACAAAAAGUAUUUAUCGAUGUUAGCACUGUCAUGGCAAUGAGUAAAUGCAUUUUUAAUGACG